GGGACUCAGACAAUGAAUGCGGUGAGGCGGGCACAUGUUUACAAUGUUAGAUUAGGAAGAGACGAAAAAUACUACCUAAAGGUCCACGAAUUCUGCUGGAUUUUAUCUGCCACAAGAAUAAAUUGAUGUCCUUAAUCUCAGAACCAGCCAGCAAUCCAUGAAGAUGUUGUGGCCUGCAAUAGAAGCAUCAAUCGGUCCUGAGAGAUGAUGGCAGCUAGCUCUCUACUCUAAGCCUCUCUUCAUAAGUCUUCAUCUGUCUCAGGGAUGACCAGCACUCCGCUCAUGAAGUACUCCCCCAAAGACUCUGCCUUCAUGGCCCCCCCAGGUGUAUCCGGGGUACUGUUGACCUCCUCACCCACGCCUCCGGCCGUCUGGCCCCCCUUGGACUUUGCCCUGGGUGCCUUGGCAUGUUGCGGGGCGUGCGUUUUCACCAACCCCUUGGAGGUGGUGAAGACCCGCCUGCAGCUCCAGGGAGAGCUGCAGGCGUGGGGCUCCUACCAGAGACACUACCGCGGGGCCCUCCAGGCUUUGUGGAUGGUGGCGCGCACGGACGGGAUCCGGGGCCUACAGAAGGGGCUGUCGGUGGGCCUGAUGUACCAGGGCCUCAUGAACGGCGUGAGGCUGGGAUCCUACUCGUACUGUGAGGCCUCAGGGUUCACCAGCGUCCAUGGAGGGAGUCUGCUCUCAGGGGCCGCGGCUGGUGCACUGGGGGCCUUUAUCGCCUCUCCUGCCUAUCUGGUGAAAACUCAUUUGCAAGCACAGACUGUCCAAACCAUUGCAGUGGGCCACCAGCAUAAUCAUCAAGGUGUAUCCAGCGCCUUUGCAACUAUUUAUAGAAGGGAAGGUAUCAUUGGACUGUGGAGGGGAGUGAAUGGGGCUGUACCAAGGGUCAUGGUGGGUUCAGCUGCUCAACUAGCAACCUUCAGCUCUGCGAAAGAAUGGGUGUCACAUGCCCAGUGGUUUAGUCCCAACAGCUGGCUGAUUGCUUUGACAGCCGCCAUGAUCAGUGGCGUCACCGUGACGAUCACCAUGACGCCCUUUGAUGUCAUCAGCACGCGGCUCUACAACCAACCAGUGGACGAGCUUCGUAGGGGUCGGCACUACAGCGGCUUUACUGACUGUUUCCUGAAGGUGGUGAGGGCCGAGGGCCUGUUUGGCUUGUAUAAAGGCAUAGGGCCUGUUUUCCUUCGAUUGGGCCCUCACACGACACUGAGCAUGCUGUUCUGGGAUAUGAUGAGGCACUCAACCUACCCGGUCAACCUAUCCAUGGGAAGAAGCUAACCCCAUCAGGCUAGGGGGGAGUGCAGCGAUUAAGGAGCUCCUUCAAGAACGAGAAUAGAAUGGACUCAUUUCCUCACUUACCUGACGAAAAUCUAUGCCUUUUGCAAUGACUUAUGAAAACACUCCUGUUGGUUACGCCAGGAUAUUAAGUUGUUGUGUCCAAUAUAAUAUACCUCAUAAAGUUGACGGGUUGGAUGGCUUCGAAGUUUUUUAACUUUACACACUUUAACACUAAAGGAGUUUGGGAAAACCGAAAAGCAUAUCCAUUUCACUUAACCACCUCUGUGUUUUGCUAUCUCAGUCUCAAUGUUUGCUCACUCUGGUGCUUUCAGCUGUCCACGCCUAACAUAUUGAAUGUAUUAACUGUAUGUAUUGAGAUGUUUGUUUUUAAUGUAGUACAUUUUGAAAACUGUCAACUGGAGUCUUUUAACUAAGCUAAUAAAGGAAAAUAUCAUUGAACAAUUGCAUUUCG